CCGGUCGGUCCUCACCGCCUGCUUCCCUCCCCAGCGCUGCUUCCCCACCGGGGCCGCGGGCGACGCGGGCAGCGGGUGCAGGCAGCAGCUGUGACGUCCUGACGCUGACAACAUGACCCGGAAGGCAGCAGGGUCGCCACCACCUCACUCUGCUCCUGGUGACCAGGACCAGGACUGGGGCUGUGAGCGGGAGCGAGGCCGGGACCGGAGGGGCAGAAGCAGAGACCCGGCCCCCCAGGCUGGCUGGGCACACCCUGGGCACCCCAGAGGCCGACCCCCCCAGCGGGAUCCAUCCCCGCCCGCGCUGGAGACUCCGGCACCGACCCCGGGCAGAGAGCACAGGCGCCGGGGCCCCGGGCCGCCCUCCCAGGACGGGGACGCCGUGUCCUAUCAGGAAGUGGUGGCCCUGGCGGGGGACAGGAAGCCCCAGAACCCAAUCCAGGACAACAUGGAGAACUACCGGAAGCUGCUGUCGCUGGGGGUUCAGCUUGCCGAGAACGAUGGCCACUCGCACCUGACACACGGCCACCCCUCGCGGUCACGGAGGGGCGCCCACCCCAGCACCAGCCGAGGAGUGAAAGCCGCGCCCGAAGCCAGGAAGCCCGCGCACCGGAGGGGCAUCUGUGAGGACGAGUCCUCGCAUGGGGUGAUCAUGGAGAAGUUUCUCAAGGAUGUGUCCCGCAGCCCCAGGCCGGGCAGGGCCAGGGAGUGCGGUGGGCGGCCGCUGGGGCCCCCCAGGUGGCCGGACCAGGGCCGCAAGGGCCUCCCGCCCCCUCAGCGGGAGCCCCGACCCCAGGCUCGCGGCAGUGGACGCCACGCCCUGGCGGGGGGCGGCUUCCCCUCUCACUGCAGCCUCGCGCCCCAGAGGAGGGUUCUGGAGAGGAAGCGGCGCUACCACCUCGACCCGGACGCCAAGGGCCCCGGCCAGGAGCAGGGCGGCUGCGCGAGGAAGAGGCCCACGGUGGGCGGCGAGCCUGGCCAGCUGCGGCGCCAGAAAGCUCGCUCCAGAGAGGGGCUCUAUGGCCUCCAGGACGGGGGUGAUGCUUUCCGGCCACGCCCAGACCUGGGUGAGCCCCUGAAAACGCCUGCCUGGAAGAACCUCUACGGAGGCCGGGGCCGGGGGCGCGAGCAGGCUGGCGGCCAGGGCGGUCCCUGCGCCGACUCUCAGAGGAGCCACACCAUCACACGGCCCCCGGAGGACGGGGAGGACCAGAGGGCGUUCGCCACGGGCGCCAGCCCCGCAGGGGCUCGGGUGGCUCCCGCCAAAGAGGCCAAGUGCGAGGAGGAGCCCCGAGCGUUGUCCGUGAUUCACAGCCCGUCUGCCGGGGCUCAGCGGAGCCGAGGCGCAGGGGCACCCGGGAGGCUGAAUGUGACCGCCGGGCCCAGCAGCCAGAGCGCAGCCGCGGCGCCCCGGGACGGCCGCCCUGGCGGGGAGCGAGAAAGGCCUGGCAUCCUCCGCCCGGCGGCUCUGCAGGGCCCCAGGACUCACGGCGGGGCCGGGCCCAUCGCACAGGGUGGAGAGAAGGCCGGGGCCUGUGCCUGCCCCUCAGAGGUGAGUGGCAAGCGCCAGGACAGCCGCUGUGCAGAGAGUCCUCCCAGGGGCUCAGCCGGCGACGGCCGCACAGGGGGUGUCGCGCGCAGCCUGUCCCCUCUACAGCCCCGAGAGGGCCUUGUGGGAGAGACUGGUGAGCUGAAGAAGGACAGUGCAUCGCCUGCCCCCAGCCCCCAGGGCCUCGGGCACCAGAAGGCCCGCGCCAAAAGGAAGAACAUUGAGCAGGGCGGCCCCGGGGCCUGCGGGAGCCCCUCCCCUCGCCCCAGGGAGCGUGCCCACGAGUGCCGCGUGUGCGGGGUGUCCUUCGCACUCAGCGCCGAGCUUGCCGAACACCAGAAGGUCCACGGCCGGAAGUGCACUGUGGGUGAGACCCGUGGCCCAUCUGUCAUUUGCAGCCUGGCCUCUGCCAGCCCCCAGAUGAGCCACGUCCCGCGGUUGGCGCAGGCCAGGGACCCCGGCCCUGCUGUGCAGGCCAACAGCCCCACAGAGCCUGCCCGGGCCGGGCCCACCGAGCAGCUGGCCCCCCGCGAGUGCCGGGAGCGUGGGGUGCACUUCACCACCCUCGAGGGCCCGGGUGCGCACCAGAAAGUCUAUGGUGGAGAGCAGGUCCAUGGCGGGGGGCUGCUUGGGGCCUCUGUCCAGGGCACAGGCCGUGAAGGCGCUCUGCAGGAGGAGCAGCCACCACAGGUGGAGCUGGGUGAGCCCCAUGGGGACGGGGACGGGGAUGAGGACGACGACGCCAUCUACGGCUGCGGGGACUGCGGCCUGGGCUUCGCCGACCGCGCCGACCUGAAGGACCACCAGAAGGUCCACAGCAGGGUGUACCCAGCGGAUGCCCGCACGCCGCCCCGCACUGUGGCCCGUCUGCCCCGUGUCAGCGAGUACCAGCAGGACCUCACGGGGGAGCAGCUCUAUGAGUGCCCGGCCUGCGGGGAGUCCUUUGUCCACAGCGCUUUUCUUUUUGAGCAUCAGAAGAUCCACGAACAAGACCAGUUCUAUGGCUUCCGGAGGCUGGAUGAGCCUUUCCUGCGGCCCCUGAUCCUUGGCCCGCGGCGGCCCCGGGCCCCCCAGAAGGUCCCCCGCGCACUGACGCCCCUCCACUGCCAGGUGUGUGGCCAGGACUUCAUCCACGCCUCGCUUCUUGUUGAGCACAUGCAGGCGCACCCCAGAGCACGCUUGCCGGCCCUGGGCCAGCCCAGCGAGGACACCACCGGCCCCAGCCUGGCGCUCGCCGAGCUACAGAGAAGUCAGGCUGAAGAGAAGCAGCACGAGUGUGAGACAUGCGGGGCAGCCUUCCUCAGCCGGGCGGCGCUGCGGGAGCACCUGCACGUCCACAGGCGCGGGCAGCCCUACGCCUACGGGGCCUCCUUUGUUCAUGCCUCCUUCCUCACAGAGCCCCCCAAGCGAGACAUGCCGUUCUUCGAGUGCAAGGACUGUGGGGAGACCUUUGUGCACAACACUGUGCUCCUCAGGCACCAGAAGCUGCAUUUGGAGGAGGAAGACGCGGCGGUGUCCCAGGAAGCUGAAGCCAACGUCCUCGUUCCUCGUGAAGUUCUGUGCAUCCAGGGGUCCAGUGUUGAGGCCGCGGAGCCGGAGGUGGAGGCCGCGGAGCCCGCUGGGGAGGCCAGAGGGCCUGGCGGGGAGGCCGAGCAGCCCCACGACGGGGACGCUGACGAGCCAGAUGGGGCCGGGAUCCUGGACCCGGAGGAGAGGGCUGAGGAGCCCGAGGGGGAUGCUGACGAGCCAGAUGGGGCUGGGGUCCAUGACCCGGAGGAAGCGGGGGGUGCCCAGGAGGCUCAGGGGGACGGGCCCAGCUGCGGGCAGCCGGAGGGGACCCUCCUGCCUCUCCCUGCCUGCGGGCAGCGUCUGCCAGCCCAUGCGGGGGUGAUUAUGUUUGAGCCUGCGAGGGUCUCCGGGGAGGGUUCACGCUGCCGCGCCAGCACCAGCUCUGGGGACGGUGGCGGGGCGGGUAGCGGGCGCUUCCGGUGCCCCAUCUGCGGGCAGCUCUUCAGGGACCGCCUGUCCCUCGCCAGACACCAGGACGCCCACACGGGCUGAGGACACACAGGCAGGCGGGGCCCCGCCCGCAGCAACUUCCUUGGCCUGUGCAGUCUACUCGGCGCCAGGCGGCGCUGGGGAAGCCGCAGGCCGAGCGCCUGUUUUCAGCCUUAGCCCCCAGCCCGAGCGUCCCCAGGAGUCCUGAGGGGCCCCGCGACACACCUGCCCGCUGUACAUAGCAGUCCCGCAGCCCUGUGGGCCUGGCUGUGCCCAAGGUGGCCGGUGGCCACGGACCACGGACCACGGUUUACAGCGCAGCCAGCCGCUUCUGCUUUCCUCUGUGGAGGAGGAAGAGAACAGCAAAGCGCCAGUUUCACCCUCAGUUUCCACAGAAGCGCUCUGUGGCCGGUGUCCCGACAGCGCUCCCUGCCCAAAGUGGGGCGCGUUGGCCUGUUCUCGCAUCCGCUGCGCCGCACCCCAGCCAUUAUUACCGUUCCCCCCACCCCCGCCAUCGUUAACCUGUCCCCGC